AUGAGCCAAAAAAUUUUACUAAUUACAGGAGACUUUGGAGAGGAUUACGAAGUUAUGGUUCCCUUUUAAGUUCUUCAUGCUAUAGGAUAUACUGUGCAUACUGUUUGCCCUAAUAAAAAGGCAGGAGACUAUGUUACUUGUGUUGUAGAAGAAGGUGGUGAAAUAGAAAAGUUUUAAACUUAUACUGAAAAAAUAGGCCAUAGAUUCUUUUUAAAUUAUGAUUUUGAUCAAGUAAAACCAGAAGAAUAUUAUGCUUUAGUUUUAGCUGGUGGAAGGGCUCCUGAAUAUUUGAAAUACGACCCUAGCGUUUUAAAAUUAGUUAAACAUUUCACAGAUAGCAAAAAGUCCAUCUUAGUAAUAUGCCAUGGCUAUCAAAUUCUAUGUGCUCUUUAGGGUUGUAUUGAAGGAAUUGUGUUGGGAGGUCCAACUCCUACUUCAUAUGAGAUUACUAAUGCUGGAGGAAUAUAUUAGUAAAUAAAAAUGGAGGAUGCUCUUCUUUAUAAUAACUUUAUUUCCACUCCUGCAUACACAGGCUUUUUGAAGUGUUUUCCACCUUUUAUUGAAUAACUUAAAAACGGUGUUAAAUUUGACAACAAAGUUCACAUUUUUAAAUGA